GGAGUGGACAUUGUGACGGCGGCCACGGAGCGGGGGCGCGGGCAGGACGCGGGAUGCACGCGGACAUGGGUCAGUGGCGGAAGCAGCAGGCGACAGCAAACACAUCGAAAUGCGGCCAAGUCGGCGAGCAAACGGUGCCUCUGAGCGACAACACAAUGGCCAGGCGAUCGAUACCACAGCCGUGUACAAGAAGGUGUAACAGAAGCGAGUGAGGAGGAGAGAGGGAGGAAUAAUGACGCGCCUUGGAUACUGAAGCUCCAGCUUCCCACUGCGAUCAGCCUGUACUAACGGUGCUUGGAGCCCGAGAGGGUCAGGGGGAGGAGAUGCAAGGGAGUGCAGCAAGAAGACUAGAGGAGGAGAAGCACCGAGUGACCAAUUCAGCGGCACCAUCCUCGGACAGCUAGCCCGCCAAUGGUCGUCCACCCUGGACGCUCACACCGACGACUUCGCCGAAACGACUCGUCCGCUGCGGUCGUGUCGGACGGCGGAAUGAGGAGAUGAUCACGACCCAGCAAAAUCGGCGGCGACGAGCCUGACAGCAGAGACCCGCCGUCUCAAAAACUUUUGCACAUUGACUUGACACAGGAUUUUGACUCCAUCCAGUCACCCCCAGCGUGUGGCCCUGCGGUGUGGCUACCAAGAAACCCCUCGCUCUUUCAAAACGUUGUCCAAGUUGAUAAAUGAGUGAGCCAGCUGCAAGGGAAAGGGCGGGGACAUGUACCAGAACCCCAACAGAAUGUCCUGGUUCAGUGGUUUCCUAGUCGCCAGAGUGGAUGACCGUAAGACUGCGUGGGGGGAGCGCAAUGGCAAGAAGUCCAAACGGAGGGGAGGCUCAUCUUUGUGCAACCCACGUUACAUGAGCUGCCUGCGGGACACAGAUGCCAUGGACCCCCCAUCUGGAGCCCCCCUCCACCAGCACCACCGUGGAGGAGUGGCAGGGGCCAUGGGAGGUGGGAGUAACUUUGGUGCCCGAUGCGGCUGGCAGGAGGACCACUACGGCAAAAGAUCCGGGCCUCACAGGGAAGGGGUGGGGCUGAAAUCAGUGGACUUGGACUUUGAGGACGGGGAGUUGAAGGGCAGAAAAGGUGGGUGUAAUGGAGGAAACGGCGACAUGGGCGAAAACAGCACCAACGGUGGCGGGGUGGUGACUGCUGCGGAUUGCUGGCUCAGGGUGGUGCGGGUAUUCCAAUCGAAAAAGUUCCAGUCCCGCAAGCUGGAGCGCCUAUACCAGCGAUACUUUUUCAGACUCAACCAGAGCUCCUUGACCAUGCUGAUGGGGGUACUUGUGAUUGUGUGCGGCAUCAUGUUGACCUUCCACUGUGUCCACGCCCCCCCUCACGUGGCCUAUUCAUCUGCAUUAUCGGUGGCAAUGGCGCUCUUCAUGGCUCUUAUGGUAGUGUGCAACCGCAACGGUUUCCAUCAGGACUACAUGUGGAUGGUCAGCUACCUGGUCAUCUGUGUUUUGCUGUCAGUCCAAGUGUUCGGGGUGCUCAUGGUGGCUCCUCGUAGCGCUUCGGAGGGCAUCUGGUGGUCCGUGUUUUUCAUAUACAUCAUCUACACCCUCCUGCCCGUAAGGAUGAGGGCGGCCGUGUUAAGCGGAGCAGUGCUGUCCAUCAUACACGUGGUCACCACCUGGCAGAUCAACCAGGAGGACGAGUUCCUUUGGAAACAGGUGAGUGCAAAUGUCCUUAUUUUCCUGUGCACCAACAUCAUUGGAAUCUGCACCCACUACCCUGCUGAGGUUUCUCAGAGACAAGCCUUCCAGGAAACCAGAGGAUACAUCCAGGCCAGACUACAUCUGCAGAGGGAGAAUCAGCAACAGGAACGUCUGUUGCUCUCGGUGCUGCCAAGGCAUGUUGCCAUGGAGAUGAAGGCUGACAUCAAUGCCAAGAAGGAAGACAUGAUGUUCCAUAAGAUCUAUAUCCAGAAACAUGACAAUGUCAGUAUUCUGUUUGCCGAUAUUGAGGGUUUUACCAGCUUGGCCUCCCAGUGCACGGCUCAGGAACUGGUCAUGACACUCAACGAACUGUUUGCCCGUUUUGACAAGCUGGCCUCGGAGAACCAUUGUCUACGUAUUAAAAUUUUGGGUGAUUGUUACUACUGUGUGUCUGGGCUACCUGAACCCCGAGCUGACCACGCCCACUGCUGUGUGGAAAUGGGCGUGGACAUGAUCGAGGCCAUUUCGCUAGUGCGUGAGGUGACAGGUGUCAAUGUCAACAUGCGCGUUGGCAUCCACAGUGGGCGUGUGCACUGCGGUGUCCUAGGACUCAGGAAGUGGCAGUUUGACGUCUGGUCUAACGAUGUCACACUGGCCAAUCACAUGGAGGCAGGAGGCAAAGCAGGGCGGAUCCACAUCACUAAGGCCACUCUGGAGUAUCUCAAUGGCGACUACGAAGUGGAGCCUGGCUUUGGAGGAGAGAGAAAUGCAUAUCUGAAGGAUAACAUUAUUGAAACCUUCUUGGUCCUCGGAUGUAGCCAAAAGCGGAAGGAAGAAAAGGCGAUGAUGGCGAAGAUGCAGCGGACGAGAGCCAACUCCAAUGAGGGACUGAUGCCACGCUGGGUCCCUGACAGGACUUUCGCUAGGACAAAAGACUCCAAAGUCUUCAGACAAAUGGGCAUUGAUGAAACCUCCAGUAAAGACAACCGGGGCGUUCAGGAAACUAUAAACCCAGAGGAUGAAGUAGAUGAAUUCCUAGGACGAGCCAUCGAUGCUCGCAGCAUCGACCAGCUAAGAAAAGACCAUGUUAAAAAGUUUCUGCUCACCUUCCAGACGUCAGGCUUGGAGAAGAAGUAUUCCAAGAAGGUGGAUGAUCGUUUUGGAGGCUAUGUUGCUUGCACUCUACUAGUUUUCUGCUUCAUAUCCUUCAUACAGAUUGUCAUCUUUCCACACACUCCAGUCAUGCUGGGAAUUUACAUCAGUAUCUUCAUCAUCCUGGCCAACAUCCUUUUCAUCUGUGCCAUAUACUCUUGCAUCAAGCUCUUUCCAGCUGCAAUGCAGACCGUUUCAAAGAAGAUUGUCCAGUCUCGCACCAACAGCACUCUUGUCGGAGUGUUCACCAUUAUCCUUGUCUUCAUCUCUGCCUUUGUAAACAUGUUUGCCUGUGACACCAAGAGCUUACCGGAGUGCGUCGCGGAGAAGUCCAACAUGUCCGCCGCCUUGGUGACGCCAUGCUUGAUCCGCAACUUGAAUGUGUCUGUUGAAGGGGGUCUAGAGAUGUGUCCCAGUCAAGGCCCCUCCUGUCCCUUUCCUGAGUACUUCAGCUACAGCGUGCUGCUGACGCUGCUGGCUUGCUCAGUGUUCCUGCAGAUCAGCAGCAUUGGGAAGUUGGCCCUGAUGCUGCUCAUCCAGUUCACCUUCCUGCUGCUGGUGGAGUGGCCACAAGUAGCACUAUUCGACAAUGCAGACCUCUUUGUCACCUCUAAUGCCAUUGACCUCAAUGAAACAAGUAAACAGUGGUCUAGUUUCAAUGAAACUACAAGCCAGUGCCCAUUUGUUGUGACCAAAGUGUCCCUGAGGGUCAUGACCCCAGUGAUCCUCACAGUCUUUGUACUGGCGCUGUACCUGCACGCCCAGCAGGUCGAAUCGACUGCACGCCUGGACUUCCUGUGGAAAUUACAGGCCACUGAAGAAAAGGAGGAAAUGGAGGAACUACAAGCCUACAAUCGUCGCCUCCUCCAUAACAUUCUGCCUAAAGACGUCGCCGCUCACUUCCUGGCACGUGAGCGACGUAACGAUGAGCUGUACUACCAGUCCUGCGAGUGUGUGGCGGUUAUGUUUGCUUCCAUCAGUAAUUUCUCAGAGUUCUAUGUGGAACUGGAGGCCAACAAUGAGGGGGUGGAGUGUCUGCGGCUGCUCAAUGAGAUAAUCGCUGACUUUGAUGAGAUCAUUAGCGAGGAUAAGUACAGGCAGCUGGAGAAGAUCAAGACCAUUGGCUCCACCUACAUGGCCGCCUCAGGACUCAAUGACUCCACCUAUGACAAGGAGGGACGCUCCCACAUUACUGCGUUGGCCGACUAUGCCAUGAGACUUAGGGAGCAGAUGAAAUACAUCAAUGAGCAUUCCUUCAACAAUUUCCAGAUGAAGAUUGGCCUGAACAUUGGACCAGUGGUCGCAGGGGUCAUUGGGGCCCGGAAGCCUCAGUAUGACAUUUGGGGAAACACAGUUAAUGUGGCCAGUCGUAUGGACAGCACAGGUGUACCAGAUUGCAUACAGGUGACGACAGACCUCCAUCAGGUGCUGGCAAACAAAGGGUACGUGUUGGAGUGCCGCGGGGUUGUUAAGGUCAAAGGUAAAGGCGAAAUGACAACCUACUUCCUGAAUGACGGACCGCCUAACAGUUAGCAGCCAUGGCAAGAGCAGGUGCCCCUGCAUGGACAUCCACUGAGUGAAGACUCACGGGUUGAGCUUAUGGCAACAACAAAAAAACUAUAAACGCCAUCACUUGAAUCGCAAGCAAGGAAGCGAGGGGAAAGUUUUAAGAUUUUCAAUGGAGCUACAUUAUGUUCCUGAAGUGAGGAAAAUGUUCUCAUUUGACAGCCAUUUUGGUGCAAGUGAAAAGGACAGCUGUUUUUCUCACGUUUAGCCUCCCUCUCAGGCUUCUUGAAAGAUGCAAAGUCUGUUUAUUUAAAUCAACGCCUUUUAGCCUGUGUCAAAAGAAGAUGUAAUGCUGUACAUAAGGCUACCUUCUUUUCCUUUGGUAUUCUUAGUUUUUGUUUUACAUGAAUUGAGAACAGGUACUGGUAUUUUCUUUCCAGAUCAUUUAUUUGGAUGUGCAAAAGGUACUUUAAGUGUGACAACAUUAAGUAUGUGCACAAAUAUCCAGUGUGUUACACAUGUGUCAUGAAUAUAUAUAUAUAUAUAUAUAUAUAUAUAUACAAUGAGGACUAUAUUGACCAAAGACUAAAUACUAAAAGCAAGGCAAGACAUGUUUGAUAUGUUCUCAGCAAUGAUCGCCGCCUGUUUUUAAGGCCUAAAGCGUCUGUCUUUUUGCCUAGCUGCUGGCAGUAAAGACUGCUUCAUUGUUUUCAUAAGAUAUGUAAAAAAAAUAUAUAUAUAUAUUUAUUUUUGUCUGUCACUGUGGCAGCAUUAAUUUUAAAUUAUGAUAGUGCCCUCAACUUUUAGAUGACUAAAGACGACUACGGAUGUUUUGAUGAAGGCUAUAUUUGAAAUCUAGCUUUGUAUUUGUGUUCACUGAGGAGUACACGUAGCUCCAGUUGGGCUCAAGACAACACAUUGGUUGAUUCUUUACUGGUUUAAGCCGUAACAGUAUGUCAACUGCUUUUCCCCUUUCAGAGAAGUAUUUUUGGUGCAAACAGAAGGAACUUAGUUUGAAAGUUUGGGGAAGAGGGGAUUUUGGAUUUCAGCGCAGUGGUACCGCAAAGCCUAAUUCUUCUAUGAAGAAGAACGAGAUGAAGAGAUGAAAUAUCAAAUAUAUAUAUACACAUAUAUAUAUAUAUUUGUUUUGACUGAAUACUGUGCUUUGUAAUCCUGAAGGGGCAUAACUAUUUUCACUGUGAGGUUUUAAUUCUUCAGCCAAACUGCUUUCUUGCUAAGCAUAACCGCUUUGAAGCAUGUCUGAUUGUGGUAUUCAUUUUUUUUCUUUUAACGUAAGGGUAUUUUCUACCACUUCUGCAUCCAUCAUUUGUAUAUUCUUAAUGUUGGUAUUAUUAUUAUUAUGAUUAAUUAUAAUGCUUAUUAUGAUGAUUCUGUUCCAGUGCAAAAGGAUCAAAGACCAGCACGCUUUUCUCGUAAAGCGAAGGCUCACUGGUACAGACAGAUGGACCACAGCUAAUGAUGUCUGCUGUUCAGUCCUUAUUGUACAAUAUAAUAUUGUUGCGAUCGUGCACAGCAAGAAAUAACUUAGCUGCCAGAAGGUGAACGCUCUCAUAAGCAUAGGAAUAAACAUACAUUUGAAGGAUUCACUGUGCUUUUUUAAGUUAUGACACUCCUGCAGUAUUGUAAAUCUCAGUCAGGCUUUUCGGUAAUGUCACGUUUCCUGGUAUUAAACCACUAUGUGGUGAGUGGCUGAGAGCUAGGGUAGGAGAAAGGUGCACAUAUUGUUUUCACAAUCAUUUCAUCAGUUCUUGUUUUAUUUUUUUCCAAAAGAUUUGUGCUGAUGACUGAGUUUGGUUGCCUUAAGUAAAUAUCAACAUAAUACAGGAACUGUGCCUGUUGGCCCUCUCUGGACUAAGCUGAAGGAAAGAAAGGAAUAAGGGCUUGUCAACAAUUUCAUCUCGUCCACAUUUUUUGCCAUAAACAAAAGCACCGACUCGACUCUUUUGCCACACUGGACGGCGACAAACACUUGAUCACGUUCGUACCAAAGCCAGCUCACUGGUCCUUGCUUCGUGUUGACGUCUGCUCUCAGGUGUGGCAGAAGCACCAGAGGACAGCAAUAUAAUGGAGAUCACAUGAACUGUGACCGAUGAAGAGGGAUUCCUUUAUAGAAUGGACACCUUUAUAAAAUGUGCAUUAUGAGUAUUCUAUUUCCAUUGGCUGCCCAUGGACUUGUGUUCAUUGUUAACUUUUGAGGAAGCAGGAGAGGAAGGUUGCCUCCACACUACUGAAACAGUAUUUUUGCUCAGGCCUGAUGAAUCCUACCGUACUUGUUUUUGUUUCAUUUGUAUUUGCUCCGAGUGCAAAAAGGAGAAGAAGCGCUGAGGACUAUGACAAAAAGAAAAAUAACAUUUCCCCUUGACAAACGAAAAUUAAAAAAAAAAGAUUAAUGGCUGACUAGUAUCCUUGUCUGUGUUCUAUUUCUGCUGCAAAAAUGUACAUAUUAACACGGUUUAUUUUUCCAUUUAUCUUGUGUUAAACGUGUCUGUGGAUGUUCUCACUCAUCUGGUUCUUGUAUUUUUAGAGCAUUC